AAGUGACAUGUGUGCAGCCUAUCACUUCAAGACUCCGUCAAUAUACACAUCGCGUUUUUAACCCACAUUGACAUUUGUGUCACAUACAUAACUUGUGUUUAAGUUUAAGGCUUUUAAAUGAGUGUAGUUAUGCAGUGAUCAUAUAGUAACCCUCCCGUCGUUUACAAAGAACAGAUCUGUUGCCAUGAGUAGAUUGAGAUCUGCGAUGCAGAGGGGGAAAAGUGUGGUUUUAGAGAAUACCGAAGUCAAGAAAUCCAGCAAUAAAAAGAAAACAAAGGCUACCAUUAAAGAAGAGGAAACAUCAGAACACUCCUCGUAUCACUUUUUCAAUGAUCUACCUGAAAUUUCUGCAUACCGAUCUCACCUACUGCAAUGGUAUGACCAAAACAAAAGAGAGCUUCCGUGGAGGACAGUGGCCAUGACAGAACCAGAUGUUAAUAUCAGGACAUAUGCUGUGUGGGUCUCAGAAAUCAUGUUACAACAGACUCAAGUUGCCACUGUGAUAGACUACUAUAACAAGUGGAUGCAGAGAUGGCCGACUGUGGAAAAACUUGCUGCAGCUACAUUAGAGGAGGUAAACCAAGUGUGGGCAGGUCUUGGAUACUACUCUCGGGGACGCAGGUUACACGAAGGAGCUAAGAAGGUGGUAUCAGACCUCAACGGACAGAUGCCAAGGUGCACAGAGGGACUUUUGAAACUGCUUCCAGGGGUGGGACGUUACACCGCAGGGGCAAUUGGCUCUAUAGCUCUUGGACAGGUCACAGGUGCAGUUGAUGGAAAUGUCAUCCGUGUGCUGUGCCGUGUUCGGGCCAUAGGAGCAGACAGCACUGGUCCUGCAGUUACGGAGGCUUUGUGGAAGAUUGCAAAUACGAUCGUGGACACUGAGAGACCUGGAGAUUUCAAUCAGGCGAUGAUGGAGUUAGGGGCCAGAGUUUGCACCCCAAAAUCCCCUCUUUGCAGCCAGUGUCCCAUUCAGACCCAUUGCCAUGCAUUUAGAAAGGUGAGCAUUAAGCAAGAGCAAGACUCUAAAAGACUUCAAAGUAAAUUGGCCUCAAAGCCAAAUACCUCAGUUGUUGACAUAGAAAACUGUUCAGCUGCUGGCAGUUGCAACUUGUGUCUGUCAGAGGACUGGGACUCCAAACAAGGGGUGCAGAAUUAUCCUAGAAAGCCGGUCAAAAAGGCUCCACGUGUGGAGAAAACUCUUACCUGUAUAGUACAACGUCAGAGAGGACAGGAGACAGAAUAUCUGCUAACUCAAAGGCCAAGCAAAGGACUCUUGGCAGGGAUGUGGGAGCUACCCAGCAUGGUCCUGGAGUCUGACCUCUCCGAGAAUAAACAUGGAGACUUAUUAUGCACCAUGAUGCAAAGAUUUCUAGACACAUUACUGGGCACAGACUCCUUUCAGUUUGUUGGAGAAGUGGUUCAUAUUCUCUCCCACAUCCAUCAGACAUAUGUUGUGUAUUCCGUGUGUGUAUCUGACUGCUCAGAGAAAGAACAAGAGCAGAAUACAUGCUGGCUUACUAAAUGUGCCCUGCAGGGGGCAGCUGUGUCCACAGGACUGAAAAAGAUAAUGAAGCUCUAUGACUCCUCAAGCAAAGCAAACACUAGGGAUAUAAAGAGAAAACUCAGCCCCGGGGAUGGAACAGAGAAGCAGUCUAACAAAAAGAAAAAACUUAAAGUUGUCGCAGCUAAUGGAGGACCCAAACAACUCAGUCUCAGUAAAUUCUUUUCUACCUCAAAGCAAGCAACCAAAACCAAGAGCAAAAACACAUGACAAAGGCUUGUUUUUCUAUUAAGUUCUUAUGGUGUUCAAUGUUUUAUAUGUGGUCGUGUUUUUUUUUAUGUUGUGUGUGGAGAAUAACCACAAGUAUUCAUUUAUAGACGUUUUUAACCGGUCAAUUCAAUAUUAUUGAGUUGUUUUAAAUGGACAAUAAAUUAAAAUUUGUUUAAAAACGAGCAAACAUGUCUAAUAAACAUGGCUGACUCAGUUUUGUUGUCCUUUUAAGCUUUUAUUGCAUCCAUGUUCUUUGA